CAACUUCACACACGAACCAAAAGAACUGGAGAGGAUAUUGUGCGCGUCGCAGGCACGCAACCCCUUUGACACGGUCUCAGACCAUUCAACUUUUCAUCAUCAAAUCAAAUUUCAUCCCACCGUCGCCAAAUUCUCUCUAGACUCUUCUUAAUUUUCUUCUUCCGCCUCCGUCACGGUGGUCGAAAGUCCAAACCCUAAUUUCUAAAUGCAAUUCCGAUCUAGAAUUUCGCUUUCUACCUCGAUCUCCUGUUUCGGGGCCUUUAUUCUCUGAUCUUUGAUGUCUCGCUUCGUGGCAGGACUUUAGAGUUCUCCUCCCUUUGUCUCCCCAUGGAGGGCUCUGCGGUUGAGGAUCUCGGAGCACCUGAGUCAUGGGAGGUUGCGGAUUUGGACGAGGCCAUGAGCCGAUUGAUGCUCCCCUCUUCAUCUCCUAAGAAGAACUCCAAAUCAUUGGACCACUCUGUUGCCGAUGCUGCUCCUGCUUAUCAUUUUUCAUCCGCUUCCUUUCCCUCCCUUUCCGCUUCCCCUUCCUCUACUCUCGAUAGGGUUUCCGAGGAUGCUAUCAAUCAGGUUGAUCAGUUCCUUCGUGAGGCUUUGCAUAACCCUCGGGAGCGUUUAUCAAUUUUGCGCAUGGAGCAAGAUGUCGAGAAAUUCAUCCGUGAUCCUGCUCGACAGCAACUAGAGUUUCAGCAGCUGCCUACUUCAUAUUUACGGUUAGCUGCCCAUCGGGUUGCCCAACAUUAUUUGCUGCAGUCCAUGGUUCUAUUGGAUAAUAGUUUACCUGAUGGGUCUGGUUCCAAAAUUAUUGUUCGCAAGACUUCUGAAUGUCGUCUUCCAGCUAUCCGCCUUGCAGAUAUUCCUGUAAAUCUACCAACAGAAGAAAAUAGUAGCAUGAAGGUUGCUAUCAAACAGAGGCCACAGAAACGGUCCCAACUAGCCAGAGAUGCAAGUGCAAAUUCGUCAAAAACAAGUGGUUCCAAAAGUGUGGAAGAGAGGAAGGAGGAGUAUAAUAAAGCUCGUGCUCGAAUAUUUAACUCCAGCAGUAAUUCAGGUAGUAGUCAUGCAGGUGGGAAAGUAGAAGCUGAUCCUAGACCACAGGAUAGUUAUCGUGGUUCCUUGAGUGCUGCAAAGGUUGAGGAGAAGAUGAUUUCUGGAGUUUCUGAUACAAAUUUUACUAGGGGUUUGAUUGAUUGUUCUACGAGUAGCAGUAGAAUAAGUAGAGGUAGGACUGACAAGGAGCUGCCUAGUAGGCAGUACAGACCAAAUAGUAGGGUAGCCAUUUUUAGAGAUCGUGAGAUUGACAGCAAGGAUCCUGAUUAUGACAGGAGCUAUGAUAGGUAUAUGCAGAGAUUUGAUCCUGGGUUUGGCUUCAGUGGUGGCCCAUACCCUGUGCAGCCCAUGUAUGCUCCUGCAGUGAACUACAAUACUGAAUUUCCACAACUUGGCUCUGCUCAUAGGCAGGCUGUUUCAGAAUGUCAGCCUAGACCACUCCCUCCCCAUGUACCUGGGCCAUGGAAUACCCAAUCAGCUCCAGCAGGUUUGGGGUAUGGUCAUCGGGAAGCAAUUAUUAGGCCGUUUAAUCCAAAUGUUGAUGCACAUUCAUCUUCUGGUGUGUAUCUGCAUUCCUCUCAGUAUCCCGGUCAGCAGACUGGAAUGCAUUUUAUCCAUCCUCAUGAACAAACUCAUCAACCCUUUUCACAGCAGUACCAACAGCAACCAGAUGCAAGUUUUGGAUUAGCGCGGCCCCGUUGAGGGGCAUGGGCCAUGCCUGCCCCCUGCCAUCUGGUAGUUGAGAUUUAUAUGGGCAUUUCAGUGAGCAUUUUUUACUUGAAAUGGCAGGGGCAGGCAUGAAGAACUGAGGUGGGCAUAGAAGAAGGAUCUAUAUUUUCUGGGACUUAUAUUCUUCUCCCCACCAUCAGUUUCAUUGGAGCUUCUAACAUCUCCUAUGGUCGACGAAGAAGCUCAUUGCUUUGAAAUGUAUGUUAGUAGGCUGAGCUGUUCAGGUUGCUCUUGCCACUGAGUGAUGAAGAGUUAAAUAGAAGAAUCAGCAUCCCGCUGGGAAUGUUCCUGCAAGAUCUUGGACGAAGCGCAUGGGAGGAUAUGGUUUUUUGUCCUUGCAAAACUAGAGCUGUGCUUGGGCGAAUGUAAAAAAUUUAGCGAAAUGAAAUAUCAUGGAAGAAACCGCAAAUUACACAACCAAGUGGAAAUUGAACUUGGUAAAAUAUUUGGACCAAGAGAGAUCUGUUGCUGGAAAAAUGCCGAGUACUGGUCGGGAAUCUCAUAAUUUCAUCAUCAAUUUUUCACAUCCUUUGCUCUGUACUCUGCUAAAUCCUUUAAACAUGGAUGCGUGGUGAAUGGAAAUCGUGCUUUGUAUCCUGACCACCUCUAGCAGUUGGAUCAAAUCUGCAGAUCGGCUGCUUGUGGGAUCGAGUGGCAGUUUCACCCUUGGCGGACAGGUAUGCCAUUGCCAUCUUUAGAAAUGCAACUUCGGUCUGUGUCGAGGUUUGAUAAAAAAAUGGAGGGUCAGGGUGCUCUUUGUGAAUAGCAUCAAGUUUAUACUAUGAAUGUAAGUUGAGGGAUGCCUCAAACGAACCAUCAUACAGCAUACACCAUAUCUUCAGCUUCUCAUAUCUGAAGAAUCUCGGUACUACUUCAACACCUUUUUAUAUUUGGUUUAAUAUAAUAUUAGAAUGAUUAUAUAUGGUGAAUGUUAAUUAUGGGUUUGAACAUCGUUGUGGAGAAGUUGAGACUGUUUGGAAA